AUGGGUGGCUCAGUGUCUAAGAUUAUGGGAAAGAUCUUUGGAACGAAGGAAAUGCGGAUUCUCAUGCUGGGUCUCGACGCUGCUGGAAAAACGACAAUUCUUUACAAACUCAAACUCACCAACCAGGACGUCACCACGAUCCCCACAGUCGGCUUCAAUGUUGAGAGCGUCACCUAUAAGAAUGUGAAGUUUAACGUGUGGGAUGUGGGUGGUCAGGACAAGAUCCGUCCUCUAUGGAGACACUACUACUCCGGCACCCAAGGCUUAAUCUUCGUUGUGGAUUCUAGUGAUAAGGCCCGAAUGGAAGAGGCCCGCUCAGAACUGCACAAGAUCAUCAACGAUCGCGAAAUGAAGGACGCGCUCCUACUCGUGUUCGCAAACAAACAGGAUGUUCCAGGCCACAUGAGUCCCGACGAGGUCAUCAGUGCGCUGAAGCUCCACAAUCUAAAGGACAAGGUGUGGUAUGUUGCGCCGAGUGUUGCUACCGAUGGUACUGGUAUCUUUGAAGGAUUAGCAUGGCUGUCAAACAACGUCAAGAUCCAACAACCCGCUAAAUGA